AUGGAUGACACUCUGAAGCUUAAUAAGUCCAAGCUUGGCACUAAGGAGUACUGGGAUGAGUUUUACUCCCUUGAAAAGAAGAAUUUUGAAGAAAAUCCUGAAGAUACCGGAGAAUGUUGGUUCUCAGAGAAUGAUGUCGAGCAUCAUCUGGUAAAAUUUAUGGAAGAGUUCGUUGAAGACGGUGAAGUGGACUGGGAUGCGUCUAUGCUUGAUUUAGGUACCGGAAAUGGACAUCUUUUAUUCACUUUAGCUGAAGAAGGCUUUAAAGGCCGCAUGGUUGGUGUUGACUAUUCCGAGAAAUCCGUAGAGUUUGCGAACGAAAUCUUGAAGAAGCAGCAUAGUACAAUGGAAAACCUUUCAUUUUAUGCGGCAGAUAUAUUUAGUAGGGACUGGAACCCCCGGCCGUUUGACGUUGUCUUGGACAAAGGGACUUUGGAUGCAAUUGCCCUAAGCGGUCUAACGCUAGAAAACGGACAAUCGAUCUUAGAUGCUUACCAUAAGGUAGUUGAAAAGGUCCUUAAGGAAACUGGAGUUUUCAUUAUCACUUCUUGCAACUAUGCCGAGGAAGAGCUGAUAAAGAUAGUUGCAAAAGGCGAGUUGAAAGUACUGAAAACCAUUGAGUAUCCUAAAUUCGAGUUCGGUGGAGUGAAGGGCAGCGCUAUAAGCACAGUUGCAUUUGUAAAGAAGUGA